ACGCUCAUGACAUCAGCCGUGCCACCAGCAACGUAGGACGUGCGUCGUGUUUCUAUUUUUACACCAGAUAGGAUGCGGUUGAACCCGAGUGUCACACUUCUGAUUCUGGGAAAAGAGAAGAGAAGUAGGGAGAGGAUACUGCUGUGAAGAAGAAGAAAGAAGAAGAAGAAAAGGUACUUCUUAAUAUCUCCUCUCCAGUCCUGACCACGACUUCAACGCGCAAUUGCGCAGCAGUAGGAACACUGAGAUGAGGCAGCAGAGGCAUGGAUGGCUCGAUUAGAGAAGCGGAAAGUACCAGAGACUCAAAUGAGACGAGAGCUCCCGCUGUGAACCAAUUCCUACUCAGGAAAUACCCGAAUUCCCAGGCUAACUCCAGGUGACCAGAUCCUGUGGAGAGAACUGCGCGGUACAUUCGGUGUCUGAGCCUGUGGUCCAGAACAUGGACUUUAUGUUGUUGGAAUCACAUCUGCAGAGGCUGACGCUCACAUAUGCCAUCAACAAAAGCCUGGGUGUUUGACAGGGAGCGCCAUGGACGCGGUGGACAUCGCUGCCUCUGUGCUGGUUCUGGGGACCAUCGUCGUGUCGCUGCUGUCCAACACCGUGGUGCUGAUCUGCUUUCUCUACAACCCGCAGAUUCGCAGGCAGGUACCGGCGCUCUUCACUCUCAACCUGACGUUUUGCAACUUGUUGCUGAGCGUGUCCAACAUGCCACUCACCCUGAUCGGACUCGUCACCGGGGGCCACCCCGGUGGCCGCGGGCUCUGUCAGGUGGUGGGUUUCCUCGACACUUUCCUCACCACGAAUGCCAUGUUGAGCAUGGCGGCUCUCAGCAUCGACAGGUGGCUGGCGGUGGUCUUCCCACUCAGCUACCACUCCAGGAUGCGGCACCGGGACGCAGUGAUGGCUCUUUGCUACACGUGGACGCACUCGCUGUGCUUCUCCGUGGUCGCCUCCUGGCAGCCCUGGGUGGGCUUCCAUCAGCUUUACGCGUCGUGCACCCUGUGCAACGUGAAGGCGCGCGGAGCAGGGACACAGUUCUUCAUCUUCACCUUGGCUUUGCACUCCCUCACCUUCCUCCUGACUCUGGUCGUGCUGUGCGUCACUUACCUCAAAGUGCUCAGAGUUGCACGGUCUCACUGUAAACGCAUCGACGUGAUCACCAUGCAGACGUUGGUGCUGCUGGUGGACAUUCACCCCAGUGUGCGCCAGAGAUGCUUGGACGAGCAGAGGCGUAGGAGGCAGAGGGCCACCAAGAAGAUCAGCACAUUCAUCGGCACCUUCGUGGUGUGCUUCAGCCCUUAUGUCAUCACAAGAAUUGUAGAACUUUUCUGCCCAGGGCUCAUCAACCCUCACUGGGGUGUCCUGUCCAAAUGUUUGGCCUACAGCAAGGCAGCCAGUGACCCAUUUGUCUACUCACUGCUGCGCUACCAGUACACAAAGACCUGCAGCCUGCUGGCUAACAAGAUCCUCAAAAGAAAUCCUCUAAACUCCUCCCUGGGAAUGGAGACCAACGCAGCGAGGAGGGACAAUAACGUCAACACAACCGACAACAGACAGACACCAACCGACAACAAGCCGACCGUCAAGUAAAGGUGGUCGCUUUUGGAGAGAAUUUGAAUCAUUUUACGCAGCAGCAGCGUCUUGGGUUUGACGACGUUUUCAGGCAGCCAGAGAAAUGAAAACACACAGGAAAAUGAAAGGACAACAACCACCGGAGACAAAACCAAACCAAACAUCUCAAACACUCAGCUGGACAAAGAGACUAAGGACGUUUUCAUCAACAAUCACAGGAGGUUUAACAAACAAACCUCUGUGCAUAUUUAUGAACACGUUUUCUACAGCAGCGCUAUAUAAAAAAAUGAGAAAACCUUCACAAAAAAAAAAAACAAUCAAAAGUCCUUGUAUUUAACACAGCAGGUGCGGUCAUAUGUGCGACACUCGGUGUUCAGUGUUUGUGGUCAGGGCUGAUGGUGUCAGUGUGUGGUGCCAGUUCAUUAUUUUUCUAGAACCGUUCUAUCUCAUGUACGGCUGUGUGACCCCUGGAACAAAACACAAAUGUUCUCCGAUGAUCCCAGCUGUUGUACUGUGAACGUGUAGACUGUAAACGACUAAAUCAGGUAUUUAUUUUUGUCUGUUUUUGCUAAAAAAAAAACAAACAAACUAAAAAAAACAGUGUA